AUGCGAAGCUUUAUCUUGGCGCUAGAUAUGUUCGAGUCCGAUCAUUUGGACAAGGAGGACGAAGAGGAGGAGUAUGAGGACUUGAACGGCGGAAAAUUCGAUUUCGUACCACGGCGGACCCACCGUCAGCGCCAAGAAGGCGAAAGUACUAUGUUCAAGCUACGCGCCUGCAUUUCAUGCCGUCUGAUAAUGAGCGAGGAUCAGUUUUUUGAGCGUGGCUGUGGCAACUGUGCCUUCCUUCAGAUGGAUGGAGAUCGGAGGCGCACUUUGGAUUGCACAAGUUCAAACUUUAGUGGACUCAUAUCCAUUAUGGACCCUCAAAAAUCGUGGGCUGCGCGUUUCAACAAUUUAGGCGAUGUUAUUCCUGGGUGUUACGCCAUUUCAGUAGUCGGUGAGCUACCUGAGUCGAUACACGACGAUGUGAGAAGGUAA